CAGGGGACGAUAGAGCAUCUGCAGUGAACCUGUAGCCUUUUUCCAAACCGGACGGAAGCAGCAGCUUUGCGGAACAGUUGGGAAAAACAAGGACGAAAGUCCGCAGAAAAAAGGAACAGUAGCCAGAUUAGACUGCUAACUUUGAGCGAACCGGGCCGGACCUGAGUCCCGUCUUCCUACAGGACAGAAGCAGUUGUCCGUAAAGAUGCCUGAGACUGAGAGUUACUCCAACCCCCUGGCCCCUGAGGGCCACGAAGUGGACGACCACAGAAGUGCUGCUCAGUCCAAACUGACCAAUGAUGACUUCAGAAAGUUGCUCAUGACGCCACGGAGUGCACCUGCAACUGCCCCGCCCACCAAGUCCAGACACCAUGAGAUGCCCAAAGACUACAAUGAAGAUGAGGACCCUGCAGCACGAAGGAGGAAAAAGAAGAGCUACUAUGCUAAACUGCGACAGCAGGAGAUGGAGCGAGAGCGCGAGCUUGCUGAGAAGUACCGUGACCGAGCGCGAGAGAGGCGGGACGGCGUCAACAAGGACUAUGAGGAGACGGAGCUAAUCAGCACUACGGCCAACUACCGAGCCGUUGGACCCACUGCUGAGGCUGACAAAUCUGCAGCAGAGAAGCGUCGACAGCUCAUCCAGGAGUCCAAGUUCUUGGGAGGUGACAUGGAGCACACUCACUUGGUGAAAGGUCUGGACUUCGCUCUGCUGCAGAAGGUGAGAGCAGAAAUCACUAGCAAGGAGAAGGAAGAAGAAGACAUGAUAGAGAAAGUCCAGAAGGAGGCCAAGAAGGAUGUGGAGCCGGAGGAGAAGAUGGAGUUUAAGACCCGUCUUGGCAGGAACAUCUACCGGGUCGUGUUCCGAUCCGGGGCUUUGGAAAGAAAUGAGCUGUUCCUGCCCGGCAGGAUGGCAUACGUGAUCGAUCUGGAUGACGAGUUUACCGACACCGACAUUCCCACGACUCUGAUCCGCAGCAAAGCUGACUGUCCCAGCAUGGAGGCUCAGACGACCCUGACCACCAACGAUAUCGUGAUCUCAAAACUGACCCAGAUCCUGUCCUACCUGAGGCAGGGAACCCGACACAAGAAGAUGAAGAAGAAGGACAAAGGUAAACUGGAUGAUAAAAGAGCUCCGGAGACUGACCUCAGCAUCUUUGAUGACAUCGGGGACUACAUCCCAACCACCGUCCCCAAACCCCCCAAGGAGAAGGAGCGCCACAGAGAGCGGGAUGAUGAUGCUAAGAGGAGGCACAACUACUUUGAGAAACCCAGAGGAGAGGAGCAGCAGGUGUUGGAGGUGGAUACAGGUCCCGGAUCAGUGCAGGAGCACAUCAAGAUGAUCAACAAGAACUUUGGAGGAGCUGCAGGCAGCCAGUGGCAGGGCCAGGAGCCAGGAUCUGUGAGACGAGAUUCCAGCAAAGAGCAGCUGGGAGAUUUCUUUGGGGGAUCCAACUCGUAUGCAGAGUGUUACCCGGCAACAAUGGAUGAUCUCGCCGUUGACAGUGAUGAAGAAGUUGACUACAGCAAGAUGGACCAGGGCAACAAGAAGGGUCCUCUGGGCCGCUGGGACUUCGACACUCAGGAGGAGUAUUCAGAUUAUAUGAACAACAAGGAGGCUCUCCCCAAGGCUGCCUUCCAAUAUGGCAUCAAAAUGUCUGAGGGCAGGAAGACACGACGCUUCAAGGAGACCAAUGAGAAGGCAGAGCUGGACCGACAGUGGAAGAAGAUCAGUGCGAUUAUUGAGAAGAGGAAGAAGAUGGAGGCUGACGGUGUGGACGUGAAGAGACCCAAAUACUGAAGAGCUUCCAUGCGGGUCACAUGAUCGUCUGACCUUGUCAUUGUUGGUGAACAGACACUGAUGUAGGUGUUGUUGAUCAUUUAUAUUCCUGUAUUUCAAUAGCAACCAAUAAAAUCUAAGAGGAAACCAGUUUGUACACCCCCUUCCCUUCCCUUCCCGAUUUGUUCCCUGGACUAAUUUUGUUUAUUGUUGACUUUAUUUGUCAUAAAAGCUGAGACUGUGUGAGUAUUUGUGUGUAUCCUUGGGUUAUUUUUCUAUUUCUGACCUGAAUUAUUCAGAUGAUCAAAGUAAAAAUUCAGUAACCUGUCUGUGUGCUGGGGGGUACAGAAAGGCAACUGAUUGAUGCAGCCUGUCAGGAAACUUCUGGGGGGGAGAAAUCGCACACAAAAACUGUUGGUGUGUAUCCAGCUUUCCUAAUAUGCAGAACAGAUUCAAUAAGGGGGGGUUUUGAUCUCUGAUGGCUCCUUUUUUCCCCCCAUGUGCCCAUGUUCCUAUAAUAGAUGUCCACAUGUUUACUCAUUUUUUGCAUUGACACUGCAGUCCCACCCCCCACCAUGACACAGCCAACAAUAAAGCUCAAUGGAUGAGAUCA